AUGUCGCCGUUACACAGGUCCAAGUCGCUUGGUUUUGGAGGGAAAACCUUUGUCCCGAAGGCAGUGGGAUUUUUCUCUCCUCCACUCUUCAAAGAAUCGGGGAGGACACGCACGUUGGAGGCUGGAACUGCAGUUCGUGUGGCUGCAUUGCCAAUCGUGCUUGGAGCUGCUUGGCGAGUCGGUGUGCUCCCGCGGGCUGUGCCAAGCGACAAGGCUCAUCCACCGCACCCGCAGCUUGGCCCGGGAAUAACCCCAAGGAGAAUCAGCGGAUCAUCUCCCGGUCAAGACGCCCUUGGUGGCGCAACGUGCUUGUCUUCCCCUUCCCCGCGAAUACAUAUUGCAGACUACCGUCUUGCUAGCCCUCCCGAGACUCCGUGCAGAGCUCUGGCACCGUCCCGUCCAGUGUGGCGGCUGCAAAACGUCAUGAGCGUGCUACUCGAGACCUCCUUGGGUGACAUUGUCAUAGACCUCCUGGUCGAUGCCUCUCCAAAAGCCUGCGAAAACUUCCUGAAGCUAUGCAAGGUCAAGUAUUACAAUUUCUCGCCGGUGCACAGCGUCCAGAAAAACUUCACUUUCCAGACCGGCGACCCUAUUGGCCCGUGGUCCAAAGACAGCGAUGGCGGAUCCUCAAUAUGGGGCCUGUUGCAAGGGCCUUCGCACAAGACCUUCACCGUUGAAAUGCCGCCCAAAUUGAAACAUACGGAACGGGGGACGGUAAGCAUGGCGACCGUCCCUUCGCCUAAGGACCCUGAUGAGCGUCUUGCAGCAAGCCAAUUUAUCGUUACGCUGGGGGAUAAUUUGGACUAUCUGGAUGGGAAAGCGGCGAUUUUUGGGAAAGUGGUAGAGGGGUUCGAUGUCCUCGAGAAAAUCAAUUCAGCCUUCAUCGAUGAGAAUGGGAGGCCCUUGAAGGACAUUCGCAUUCGGCAUACAGUGAUUCUCGACGAUCCAUUCGAUGAUCCCCCUGGCUUGGAAGUACCGCCCGAGAGCCCACUCCCUUCCAAGGCACAAUUGGCUACAGUGAGAAUCGCAGACGAUGAGGAACUCGACGAGAAUAUGGAUGAGGAGGAAUUGGAGAAGCUUCGACGAGAACGAGAAGCACGAGCCCAGGCAUUGACCUUGGAGAUGGUUGGAGAUCUCCCGUUUGCCGAGGUCAAGCCGCCAGAAAACGUGCUCUUUGUUUGCAAGCUGAACCCUGUCACGCAGGAUGAGGAUCUUGAGCUUAUUUUCAGCCGCUUUGGCCCGAUUCGCUCAUGCGAGGUUAUCAGAGACAAGAAGACGGGGGAUAGCUUGCAAUACGCUUUUAUCGAAUUCGAGAAUCAGAAAGACUGUGAGCAGGCAUAUCUCAAGAUGCAGGGGGUCCUCAUUGAUGACCAUCGAAUCCACGUGGACUUCUCACAAAGUGUAGCGAAGCUUUCGGAAAGCUGGAGGAAGGCGACCAUCGCUAAGCGCUCAGGCGGCGGGUUUGGUGGCAUAUCCAGCUUGGAAAAGAGACGUCAGUACCGUUCAGGGGACGACUCCAGUCAGCAAGAUCGCUAUGGAAUGGUCUUUGACAAGGAGGACAUGCGCCGGAGAUCCGAAAGGCGAGAGCCAUCACGGCACCGAAGAUCGCGCAGCCGGAGCCCACGGCGAGGCGAUUCAUACCGUCAUAGAUCUCGCGAACGACGGCAUCACGACCGAUGGCGGGAUCGCCGUGAUUCGGAUUAUGACUGGAGAGGUCGCGACAGGCGGCGUUAA